UUGGUCAGACAUUAGUAAUGUGAUCAAUCAUAAAAGAGAAUUCACCAUAGAAUCCUUGGUGGGCACAGAAAAAGCAGGAUUUCUAUUUUCGGAUGUGGAAACUGCAAAAAAUGCUUGGCGUUUCUGUGUUCUACAACACAUGUUUUACCGACAGUGGGAGAUGAAUACUGACCAGACUGACAAAAGUUCUUCACAACCGCCAGUAUUUCAGCAAAACGAGCUGACUCAGAUGGAUAGCUCUGAGGAUGUGACAAACCCUUCCAUACAAUGGGACAGACCGAUAUCAUCAAUGCCCAGUUCGAGUAAUAGGGCACAGUCUACAUCUUGUUUAGAUCUUGAUAAACAGGCUGACUUAGAGACAUUGCGGAGUCUCUUACCUUCAUAUCGACCAGCUCCCGAUUAUGAAACUGCCAUUCAACAGAAGUAUAGGAAUUCAUCAGGUGCCAUACAAUCACGCGAACCUCUCCGGAAUACUCACCAAAUCUUAUAUAGUUCACAACCAGAAAUCCAUCAGACUAACUCGUAUUCAGCUCAUUUACAUUAUCCUGAUGUAACACACAAUAACAUCGAACAGAAAAAUUUGGUAUUGAACACCUCUUUCGGACAAUCUCAGGUGGUUGACAAUGUCAGCAUGCUAAGAUUUUACAAGUCACCGCCACCAUAUCCGACCAAUAGAAUUGGGUCAAAUUCCACGCCCGACUUGGCAGGGAUAUCACAACAAAUCAGUCCUCAUUCUGGAUUCAUUAGCAACGUAGUCAGUGGGUCCAGUCCAGACUUGGUAUCAGGAGGAAACUUUUAUUUGCGGCAGCUAUAUUCUGGACAACAAGUACAACCGAUACACAGGUCACAGAGUUAUUUACCUACACAAAAUGGAACAUAUGGAAAUCUAGCUUCUAUUUUCAAUAAUAACAUGUUGGGUAGGCCACAGGCUGUAAUUAUGGAAAACCCUAAUGUAACGAAACACAUCAAGAAGGUCUAUGAUGAACAUGGAAAUAUCAUUUAUUGUAUGCCGUCCAAUAUGAAACAAAUUCUUCAAGAAAAUCAGUUACCAAGCACAGGUUUUGUGGUCACAAGAAAUCAAAACGCUGUGGUAGCUCAUGACGGGCACAUCAACAAUUCUUCGGAGCCUAUUUAUGAGAAUAUACCGUUGCCUUGGCAAAGUGAAGGGGAGAUGCGAGCUAGGACACAAAGUAUCCAAUCUGCACCGGAAAUAACUCAAGUGGUCAAUCAUUCCGUAGUAAAUACUGUCCAAUCUCAAUUACAGCAGCUCAACAUCAGUAAUCGACAAGGCAGUAGAGAAAACCUCUACGCGAAUAUUGACCGUUUGCAGUCUUCCCCAAAAACUGACUUCGACAAUCUCACCUCUAGUCCUAUUAAUUUGAACAACAGCGAUCGAUCUACCCACAAUUUAGACACAACACAUAUGUCAAGCAUUGCUAAUGAACCACCCAAUUCGGCAGAAAAAGAGUAUUCUCGAGUAAAUUCCACAAUCAACAGCACCGCAUCUUUUCCUUCUGGCGUCACGAAAUCGACAAACGAAAGCAGUAAUUAUACGGACGUUAGUUCAACAUCCAACGUCAGUUCCAAGUCAAAGAAGAAGCGAUGGGGCAUUUUGAUGGGGAGGAGUAAAUCUGGGGAGAAGGUGAAGAGCGCCACUCUUGGCAGAGAGAAGAAGAAGAAAGAUGAGGAAAACAGCCAGAACAGUAACAAGCAUAGGUGGUCGACUGGUUUACCGAGGUUCAACCCCUUGCCACCUGCUAUCAGUAAAGAGACUAUGUGCCAACUCUUGGAAAAUAAACUAGCGGACAGUCAAUUAUUUUUCGAAUUCGACAAGAUUCCUAAAAAGAAACAAAACGUCGAUUUCAAAACAGCUCUCCAUCCAGAUAAUGCUACUCACAACAGGUUCAAGGAUGUCCUUCCAUACGAGGAGAAUCGCCUAAGACUGACUCCAUCCAAAAACAAUAAAUAUGGAUAUAUAAAUGCAUCACAUAUCACGGCAACUGUUGGCAGUAAGCAAAGGUUUUAUAUAGCAGCUCAAGGGCCAACAAGGCAUACGUUACCAUACUUCUGGCAGUGUGUUUGGGAAGCUGAGGUUCAUCUUAUGGUGCAGCUCACUGAUCCUACUGAAGAUCUGACAUACCUUCCUGAUGCUGAUGAAAGAUGUAUUAAUAUAGACCAGGAUUACCAGAUCUGGUGGGAGUUUUCUCAAAAAACUGGUCAUUGUGUCACCAGCAAAGUGAGAUUAUGUCAUGUAAGUUCUCGAAGGUACCGGACAAUUUGGCAUCUUCAUUACACUGAUUGGGGAGAUCAAGGAUGUCCAAAUUCUAUAUCACACUUCCUAGGCUUCCUCGAAGAAAUGCAGUCUGUUCACCAGCAUUCGGUGGGCGAGAUCCCUCCAGGCCAUAAUAGAAAUCCCCCUAUUCUUGUGCACUGCACCGCCGGCGUCGGUAGGACCGGACUUACUAUAUUGAGUGAUUUACUUCUCUACACCGUCGACCAUAACCAAGAGGUGUGUAUACCAAGAGUAGUUGGUCUUCUCAGACAUCAACGUGCCUACAUGAUACAGACCAUUGCCCAGUACAGAUUUGUAUACUCCCUUCUUAUCCACUAUUUGAAACAAACAAGGCUCAUUUGAAUUCAUGUAGGUUGAAACCUGUUCGAAUUAUCUCUCUAUUUUAUGGAACUAGACAUCCCAUUAAUAGAAAACGGGAUUUAUAUUUUUCAGUUAUUCAGUUAAUGUGUCCGGAAAUAUAUAGAUGAAGAAUACAAAAUUGGUGGGUUAUCAGUGCUCUACUAUUUAUACUGAAAGAUGAAUGAAAAAAAUUCAUUUUGUCAGGUAGUUUUGUUAAUGUUUUUAUGUUAAAUAUGAAGAGACUAGGCCAUAUUAAUUGAUAACGUCAAGAUAAUUUCAAUGUGCCAAUUGUUAAAAUAUUCAGAGUGAAAUGGAAAGAGCAUUGAAAAAAAUUCAAAUUAACACUAGAAGGUGAAUGUUGUUGAAAAUUAAUAUUAAAACCUUUAGCAUGAAAGGAAUAUUAUAUAUCUAUUUAUUUUCGUUGCCCGAAAGUUUCUGAGAAAGACUGGUGCAUGUUUUAUUUAAUAUCAGUUAUUAAAUCAAAUGACUAAUUUCAAAGUUAAAUUUACUGUGUCAUUUACCGAAACAUUAAUCAUUUUUACUUUUGUAAAAGGUUAAUUUUGAAGUAUUUUUUUCUAAACGGAGGUGUUGUCCACUGAAUUAGUAUUUAUUUAGUAUUAGGUUGAAAAAAGUUGUUAUUUCUCAACUAAAAGCCUUGUUUUAGGAUCAAUAAAUUAUUGAAUUCAUAGAUUUGUUUAUCCACUUAAAACAGUUUUACCGCAUUCACAGUAACAAAGAAAAGUUAACCUUUCUCAUUUACUCCAGAGAAAAAUACAUAAUGAUCCUAAUAUUGGUUCUUAGUUGGAAAGGCAACUUCAGGAAUUCAAAUCGUUAUUCAUCUCAUAUUUUCAGUAUUGUUUAUAUUUUAGUUUAAGUAAAAAAUUGUGAAUACAUCGUAAUUAAAAGAUUUUUACUGUGUACAGUGUAUAAAUGAAUGAAGGAAGGAAUAUAAAAAUUUGUUGAAAUUGACAAAAGUUUUAAUGACUUUGACUUGUGUUUUCUCCAACUCUAAUUGUUUUUAAUGUGAAAACAUUUUGUGUUAGGUUAGGUAUUUCCCAACUUCUAUAAUCAAUGUCCUUGUAUGUCAAAAUUAUUAUAUUUUUCAAUUUACGAAGACAUUAUCUAACUUCACUGAUGAAAUUACACUUUGGUAUUCUAAAAUAAGUAAUCUUUGUUCAUAUUUACCACUUUACAGUCAUACAUAAUAAUUUUACAUAAUCCAUGCAUAAUGUGAUAUUUCCACUUGAAAAGUAGAAAUCUCACAUUAAAGUGUUUUUUUUAUUACGUUAUAAUGGAUUUUCUUCAAAUAUCGGUCAGUUCUAUCAUAUUAAUCCAUGCAUAUAUAAUUAUUGAAUUAUUUUUUUAUAUGUUUUCUUCAUUUCAUAACCAUAUAAGUUCGAAAUAUAUAUCAUCAAAGUGGUACGAUUAGAAAUUUCUAUCGAAUCUAAAGUGAUAAUUUAAAAUGUGUAAGAUAGCCUAUUAUAUUUUUAAAAAAUUAACUGAGAGUCUGAUGUAUUUUAUGUUACUGUUUGGCCUUCAAGGUGCUUUCAAUUUCUAUCUUUGGAAAAUAAGCAGAUAAAGUUUUGGGAUCCAAUGAUUGCCAAAUCUAUUGGAAUGUUGAGCUGUCGAUGAAGCUUCAUUUUGCAUUAUGACCAUAUAAGUAUUUUUGAUAUAUCAAAGAAUUUGGAAAAUUAAAAAAUGGUGGAAUCUCAUCACUUUAUCACUUCUCUUGUUACUUUCAAAAUAUAUGACAUUAAUAAGGGUAGUUUCCUUUAAAUGUUUCGAUUGUCUUUUUUUAUAGUGGCACAACAAAUAUUUUGAACAUUGUUUUGUAAAACGUAUGAACAAGAUUUGAAAUGUUUCCAAAUUUUGUGCAUUUAUGUAUAACUACCCUCUAAUUUCUGAAUAUUAUGAUGAAGGCUGUGUAAAUAAUCUUGUUUACAUUAUUUGACAUUAUAUUUUUUGUAUUAUUA